CCACUUGGGGCUUAGCCAAUCCGGCCCGACAAGGAAGACCUGCGUCAGGGCUUGCGCCUCUCGCUUCCAGCUCUGGGUGGCGCUGCGUGCGGUCAGCGAGUGUCCCGGGGUCCUCGCUCGCCCCCUCGUUCUCCGCGAAGCCCCUGGUGCACCGUCCCGAAGGCCAUGGGGCGGCAGUGGGGGCCCGCCAUGAGGGCAGCUGAGCAGGCGGGCUGCGUGGUGAGCGCCUCCCGGGCGGGGCAGCCGGAGGCGGACUCGUGGAGCUGCAGCGGGGUGAUCCUGAGCCGCAGUCCGGGCCUGGUGCUGUGCCACGGGGGCAUCUUCACGCCCUUCCUGCGGGCCGGCAGCGGGGCGCUGACUGCGGCCGGCGCCGCCUUCCUGCCCGGCGACAGUUGCGGCGACGACCUGCGCCUGCACGUGCAGUGGGGUCCAACGGCCGCGAGUCCCGCAGGCCGCGCGGAGCGGGGCCGCCCCGGCCCCGGCGCCGCUGCCCUGGCCGCCCUCCUGCCGCCCGAGAUGGGCGCCCCGUGGGGCAUGCCCCUCCGAGACCCGGGGCCCCCGUGGGCAGCUGCGGCUGCGAUGGUGGAGUGCGGCACUGUGUGGGGCUCCGGGGUGGCCGUGGGGCCCCGCCUCGUGGUGACCUGCCGGCAUGUGGCUCCUCGGAAGGCAGCCAGGGUUCUGGUGCGCUUCACCACCCCCAAGAGUGCCAUGAUCUGGGGACGUGUGGUGUUUGCUACCCAGGAGACAUCUCCGUAUGAUAUAGCAGUGGUGAGCCUGGAGGAAGACCUAGAUGGUGUCCCGAAGCCUGUGCCCGCUGAGCAUUUCCAUGAAGGCGAGGCUGUCAGUGUGGUGGGCUUCGGCGUCUUCGGCCAGGCUUGUGGGCCCUCAGUGACCACAGGCAUCCUGUCAGCUGUGGUACAGGUGGAUGACACACCGGUGAUGCUGCAGACCACGUGUGCUGUGCACGGCGGCUCCAGUGGGGGACCCCUCUUCUCCACCUGCUCAGGGGACCUCCUGGGCAUUGUCGCCAGCAACACCCGGGACAAUAACACAGGGGCCACCUACCCCCACCUGAACUUCAGCAUCCCCAUCACAGUGCUCCAACCAGCCCUGCAGAAGUACAGUCAGACAGGCGACCUGGGCGGCUUCCUCGAGCUGGACCGUGCGACUGAGCCGGUGAGGGUGGUGUGGCGGCUGCAACGGCCCCUGGCAGAGGCACCGAGGAGCAAGCUCUGAGGCUGUGUCACUCCUCUGGAGAGAAGAGCAACCCGUUUAUGCCAUGGGAAGUGCUGAGGCUGGCAGCCUCAGGAUCCUGACUCGGCACACCCCAGCUGGGCCACCUCCCCAUCACCCCACCGUGGUCAGCUCCGGAGUCGGGAUCAAACUUCUCUUCAGCCCCAUGGGUCUCCAGCUUGGCAGCCGGUUUUGGGGUGCUUUCUGGAGCCCCCACCUCUCUCUGCCCCCGGCACUAGGCUCAGCUGUGUUAUUUCCCCUCUGGGGAGCCCAGUACAAUUGCACAUCAGCCCUGGUGCUGACAGACAGAUGCUGGCUGGAAGGCAAGCCCAGCCCUGGUUUUGCAUCUGUUCACUGUCUCCUGACGGCCACAGGCCAUGUAGAGCCGCUGCUUCACUGAGGCCUUGGCUUCUCUUUGCUCUUAAGUCAGAAUUGGGCUGACAGAGCCCUGGGACUUCCUCAGGAAGCUUUGGCAGAGAGGCUCUGCUCUGAGGGCCAGAGACGAAAGGAAAUGAGCAUCUUCCUGUUCUGCUAGACCUACGGGGAGGUGGAAUCCCUGAAAGUCAGGACUCCUGGGUCUCUGUAUGUCAGGUGUUGCUGACCUACAGGGGCAUUCUGACAGUGCCUUAAUUUUCCAGCCCAUAAAAUGGGCCUCAGGAACCUUGGGAGGUAGACUGUGGUUGGGGUUUGGGAAUAAACAGGACCUAUAGGAGGAC